AAUGAUUAGGCAAAAAAAGGAGUGUGAUUUUGUGAUAUGGGAAUUACAUGAAAUUGGAAUUUAUGCAGUUUUAUUUGGAACCCAGCCCCACAAUUCCUUUGGGUUGUGUAUUGAAUAUUUGCACAUGAAGAUUGUGUAGCCCACAAAACUUGAAUUGUUUCCAUUCUAACCUUUCAGAGAUGAAGUAUUUGAACCUUGAUCCAGCAUAAAUCCUGACGGAUGGCUAUAAAAGGCAUGUGAAAUGGGCAUACUGCAAAGUACAGGAUUAUAUGAUUUUUAAGAAUUUAAGUUGUGGCUGAGUGAACGCCUUUAAUCCCAGUAACUCUGGAGGCAGAGGCAGGUGGAUCUCUGAGGAAGACCCUGUCUCAAGAAAACCGGAGAAACAAAAGCUUCCUGGCAGUGAACAACUGUUAUUUUACCUAGCACUUUAGGAGCCUGUGGCAGAAGGAUCUCCCUUGUUCGAAUCCAAUCUGGGCUAAAAUAGUGGAACCCUGUCUCAACAAAACAAAAACCACCCAAAAGCUAGAAUCCCGGUGCAACAAUUUAGAUAACGGUUCUAAGGAAUAAUUUUGUGAGUCGCUUGCCCCCUUAGGGGAUUGUCGAAGGGUUUACUUUACAAUAUUCAAAGCAUACAUUGAAUGAACCAAGGACUCCCUUGGUCCACAUUAUCCCUGGGGCCAGGGGCCGGAGGUUGCUUACCACUGUGCAAGGGCUGUGGGGUCCUGUUCAUUCCUAGCCAAACGUUGUCAUGUCAGCCAAACAAAUAAGAGAUUAGACUCGGAGGGACCCGCCCUCAUCCCAUAGAAGCGCAUCUUCCACUGACGCUGCACGCCUGUCACUCCUGGAUUUCCAGGAACCUUUCUGAAGAAUUUACCGGUUGGAUAGACCAAGGUGGGCGGGGAAAGGAGGGAUCAGCAGCAGCCAAUCGGGGCUCGGCCCAGCCAAUAGGGUCGGGUCACUUGGGGUUCAGCCAAUCGGGCUAGCCGAGGAAGCCCUGAGUCAGUGCUUGCGCCCGACGCGCCCAGCUGUGGCUGCCGUUGCGCGGCGUCGCGGUGCUGGCAGUCGGCCUAGCUCGCUGCUGCGUGCUCAGGGAAGCCCUGACAGUCCGGGUCCCCUGACCAUGGGGCGGCAGUGGGGACCCUCCAUGAGGUCAGCCGAGCAGGCAGGCUGCGUGGUGAGCGCCUCCCGGGCCGGGCAGCCUGACGUGGGCUCGUGGAGCUGCAGCGGGGUGAUCCUGAGCCGCAACCCGGGCCUGGUGCUGUGUCACGGAGGCAUCUUCACCCCUUUCCUGAGGGCGGGCAGCGGAGCCCUGACCGAGGCGUGCGUCGCCUUCCUGCCCGGCGACAGUUGCACCGACGACCUGCGCCUGCACGUGCAGUGGGGUCCCACGGCCGCGACUCCAGCAGGCCGCGCGGAGCAGGGCCGCCCUGGGCUGUGCACUCCGCAGUGCGCCGGCCUGGGCCUCGGCCUGCAGCCCCGCGGGCGUCCUCUGCAGCCUCCGCGGCCAGCGGAGCUGCUGCUGCUGCUCAGCUGCCCCGCCUUCCGCGCCCACUUCGCGCGGCUCUUCGGCGCCGAGGCGGCCGAGCAGUGGCACUUCGUCAGCGCGGCGCCAGACGACGAGGUAUCGGAGGAGGAGGAGGAGGACCAGCUACGAGCUCUCGGCUGGUUCGCGCUACUGCGCGUGCGGCGGGGCGCGGACGCGGAGGGUGAGGAGCGCGGGCCGGCCCUGGCCGUGGCGCCUCUGGGGAGCGUGGCCAAAGGCGCACCGCUGCUGGCUUGCGGCUCCCCCUUCGGAGCCUUCUGCCCGGACAUCUUCCUCAACACGCUGAGUCGCGGCGUGCUCAGCAACGCGGCCGGUCCGCUGCUGCUCACCGACGCGCGCUGCCUGCCCGGCACUGAGGGUGGCGGUGUGUUCGCAGCUCGGCCCGCCGGCGCGCUGGUGGCGCUGGUGGCCGCGCCGCUCUGCUGGAAAGCCCGCGAGUGGGUGGGCCUCACGCUGCUCUGCGCCGCCGCCCCCCUGCUGCAAGCCGCCCGCGCCGCACUCGUCCGCCUGCACCCCGACUCCGCUGCCCUGGCCGCCCUCCUGCCGCCCGAAGUGGGCACCCCACGGGGCCUGCCCCUGCGAGACCUCGCACCCCCGUGGGCAUCGGCCGCCGUGUUGGUGGAGUGCGGCAGCGUGUGGGGCUCCGGAGUGGCCGUGGCGUCUCGCCUGGUGGUGACCUGCCGGCACGUGGCUCCUCGGGAAUCGGCCAGGGUCCUGGUGCACUUAGCCACCCCCAAGAGUGUGGCAAUCUGGGGUCGUGUGACAUUUGCCACCCAGGAGACCUCUCCAUAUGACAUAGCAGUUGUGAGCCUUGAGGAGGACCUGGAUGGUGUCCCCAUGCCUGUGCCUGCUGAGCACUUCCAUGAAGGUGAGCCUGUCAGCGUGGUGGGCUUUGGUGUCUUCGGCCAGGCCUGUGGGCCCUUGGUGACCUCGGGCAUCCUGUCGGCUGUGGUGCAGGUGGAUGACGCCCCAGUGAUGUUGCAGACCACGUGUGCUGUGCAUGGUGGCUCCAGUGGGGGACCCCUCUUCUCUACCCACUCAGGGGACCUCUUGGGCAUUGUCGCCAGCAACACCCGGGACAACAGCACCGGGGCUACCUACCCACACCUGAACUUCAGCAUUCCCGUCACGGUGCUCCAGCCGGCCCUGCAGCAGUACAGUCAGACUGGUGACCUGUGUGGCCUCCAAGAGCUGGACCGUGCCACUGAGCCUGUCAAGGUGGUGUGGCGGCUGCAGCGGCCCCUGCCUAAUGCCCCACAGAGCAAGCUCUGAGACUGUGACUCUUCUAGAAGAUAGACUAGUUCAGGGCCUCAAGAAGAGGUGGUGAGGGAGGUGGUGGCAGUCCUUGCAUCCAGGUUCAGUCAACCUGCUUUGUCACAACCCAAGCCGCUUCCCUAUCUCCACCCAUGGACUGUCCAAGAACAGACUUCUGCGCAGCCCCAUGGGUCCCUGACCCACUUGGGGUGCCUUCUUGAGCCUAUCUCAUUGCUCCCAGUGCUAGGUCCAGCAGUGCCAUUGUCCUUUCUGAUAAUUCCAGUCCAAUGGACAGAAGCUGGUAGAAGGCAGGCCCAAGCUUGGUUUGGUGUCUCUCUCUCUCUGACAGCACUUGGUCUCCUUGAGUGGCCACUGCCUUUCAGCCAGGCUCUUGCCUGCUACUCCACAAUUUACUGGUAGUGAAGUUUUCUUGGAAAUCCACAAUCCCAGCAGACAGUAACAGGAAUGUUCCUGUUGCCACAUACAUGCAGGCAAGUCUCCAACAAGCCAAGACACUGGGCCUUCACUCUUGACAAUGUGCCUUCAUUUUCCAGCCCGUGGCCUGGGAUACUGGAGUCUUGGGGGUAGAGCAUGUGGUUGGAGCCGGGAAUAAUACUUUAUAUUUCAGAAGCUCUUCUUAAGCACACAAUGGGGACUGGGGCAAGUAUCUGGCCAAGAAUUGGCUUGUCUGCGUUGUUUCCCAAUAGGUUUCAGCUCACCGUGCUUGUUUGCCAGCCCAGCCCACAGCUGUACUAACUAUAACUAGUCCAUGCUGCCUGGGACAUGUGGGUCCUGGAAAGUACAGGUUUGGCCUGGCAGCAACUUUGUGUGGAAUGCUUUAGAAGUGCAGAAGCUUACAGUGGACCCUAGGUGUGGGAGUAGGUGGUCCAAUGGGAAUGUGGAGGGCUGAGUGGGUAGCCCAGUGGCGGGGCACUUACUUAGUAAGGCCCUGGGUUUGGAUCCCCAGCAAGGACCAAAGCAACCCAAAAAAAUGUGAGGGCAGUGGAUGUAGCUCAGUUAGAAUGCUCCCCUAAUAAAGCUCUGGGUUUGAUCCCAGCAUUGA